AUGCGCAUGUUUGAGCCCAAGGUGGCUUCCAGGAUGAAGCUGCUGCCGCUGGCGGCCGCCUACGUGGCCUACAUCGUGCUGUGCAACCUGAACCUCAACAUCAACCCAGUGGGCUUCUACCAAAUCACCAAGAUUGCGGUGGCCCCCGCCGUGCUCGCCAUUGACUACCUGUACUACGGCAAGAAGGCCAGCCCGCGGGUGACCGCCAGCGUGCUGGUGGUGUGCCUGGGGGUGGGCUUGGCCACCAUCACCGACCCGCAGCUCAGCAGCAACCUGUCGGGGCUGGCGGCCGGGUUUGGCAGCGUGGCCGCCACCGCGCUCUACCAGAUCUGGGCGGGCAGUAAGCAGAAGGAGCUGGGCAUGGGCAGCAUGCAGCUACUGCACCAGUACGUGCCGCUGGCCGCGCUGCUGCUGGGCGCGCUGGUGGCCAUCCUGGAGCCGGUGGGCUGGUUCCAGCGCGGCCCCGACACCAUUCUGGGCUACGCCUUCACGCCGGGCAGCGUGGCGGCCAUCGCCGUCAGCAGCGUGCUGGGCCUGCUGGUCAACCUGUCCACCUUCCUGGUGAUUGGCGCCACCAGCAGCCUGACGUACAACGUGGUGGGGCACGUCAAGACGGUGCUCAUCCUGUCUGGCGGCGUGCUGUUCUUUGGGGACACCAUGCCGCCCAAGAAGAUGGCGGGCAUCAUGGCGGCCAUGGGGGGCAUCAUC